AUGUUGUAGGCAAGUGCACAGGAGGGUAUCCUGCAUGCUUCUGGAAAUGGAAUACCUCCAGUAAAAAAGGACUACUGCAUACUUUACAAUCCUGUUUGGACAUCUCUUGCAAAUAGCCUCGAUAAUGUAACUUCCAAUAGCUUGGAGAACUUGACUUCAACUGUGCUCUGCAGUUAUUCUGAUGUUCCUUCUGGCUUCAUAAAAGACAAAGCAGUUGUAGUAAUGAGGGGAAACUGCACAUAUUUGGAGAAAGCAAGAAUUGCUCAAAAACUUGGUGCUAAAACACUGCUGAUCGCAAGUAAAACUGCUCUAUCUCCUCUUUCAGGUAACAAGACAGACUUCAAAGAUGUUACCAUUCCAGUUGCUCUUGUCAGAUAUAUUGACAUAAUGGAUAUGCAGACUCUUGGAAAUAGGAUUAAUGUGACGCUCUAUUCACCACCUUUGCCAGAAUUUGAUUACAGUAUGUUUGUCAUAUUUCUAAUUGCUGUUCUCACUGUGGCGCUUGGAGGCUAUUGGAGUGGAGUAUCAGAACAUGAGGAUUUGAAAGCUGUGGCAAGCCCUGAGGACAGAGAAACAAGAAGAAAGAAGGAAGAAAAUGUCACUUUUACCCCACUUACAGUUAUCCUGUUUGUGGUCAUCUGUUGUGUCAUGCUAGUCUUACUUUAUUUCUUCUACAAAUGGCUAGUGUAUGUUAUAAUAUCUGUGUUCUUCUUGGCAUCUGCAAUGAGCCUGUACAACUGUCUGGCUGCGCUACUCCAAAAGAUAUCAUUUGGACAAUGCAGGAUUUCAUGUUGCAACAAAAGUAUUGAAGUGCGACUUAUUUUUCUUGCUGGAUUCUGCAUAGCGGCAGCUGCUGUUUGGGUAGUAUUUCGAAACGAAGAUAGGUGGGCUUGGAUUUUGCAAGAUAUCUUGGGAGUUGCUUUCUGCCUAAACUUCAUUAAAACACUGAAAAUGCCUAACUUUAAGUCAUGUGUGAUACUUCUAGGCCUCCUUCUUUUAUAUGACGUAUUUUUUGUCUUCAUAACGCCAUUCAUCACCAAGAACGGGGCAAGUAUAAUGGUCGAAGUUGCUGCUGGUCCUUUUGGAAACAGCGAAAAGAAUGAUGGAAACUUGGUGGAAGUCCCUACUGAACGCUCAGCUCCCCAUGAGAAAUUACCAGUGGUUAUUAGGGUUCCUAGACUUCAAUUCUCUGCUCUGACAUUGUGUGGAAUGCCAUUUUCAUUACUGGGGUUUGGAGAUAUUAUUGUGCCAGGGCUUCUGGUUGCUUAUUGUCGAAGAUUUGAUGUGCAGACACGUUCUUCGUCUUCUGUUUAUUAUGUUUCCUGUACUAUAGCCUAUGCUGUUGGAAUGGUGCUGACUUUUGUUGUUCUGGCACUGAUGAAGAUGGGACAACCAGCCCUUCUCUAUUUGGUACCAUGUACACUUAUUACCAGCUCAGUUGUUGCCUGGAGACGUAAGGAGAUGAAGAAGUUUUGGAAGGGUAGCAGCUACCAGGUGUUGGACUCCUCCAGGAAGCCUUUGCUACAAGAUGAUGGAACAUCUGGAUUAUACUGCAAAUGAAGAAAAUGCUGGAACAACCAAUGAACAGUCUGGAGGACAAUAAUGCAAAGGAUCAUCAUCUGAAGUAGCAUUGUUCAAAUUUUCUGCAACUGAAGUACAAAAAAAAAAAUUGACUGAUUUAAUUUUUACACUAGAGUAUUUCAUAUCCUGGACAAAGAGAGUUGCCUUUUUUACACUAGCACCUCUAUUUUUAUGGAAAGAUGUUUAAGUGCAUUAUAUCAAAGUGAUUGAAAUAAUAGAUUUGCAUUUUUAAUAGCCAAAAUAUAUUUAGUAAAAUUGUGCCUUAUUUCACUUUAAAUAAAUGGAUAUUGUCUAUGCAAUUUUCCAAACACAUGUUGUACACAAUGUAUUUUUAUACCAAUAUAUCUUGCCUGUAGCCCAUGGGCAUAAACUGACUUUCUGAUUGCUAUUUGCUUAAAAAUCGGUUGGGUUGUUUUACUAGGAAGUCCUGCAGAGGAUGCUACUCUCAAGCUUUUGAAUGCAGAGAUAACAUAUGAGACAAAAAGUAACAGUGCAACUGUCUAAAUAUCUUAGGUCUUUAUAUUAAAAAGUAGAAUUCGGCAGAAAUGCUAACACUUUACACCAAAGAGACUUGGAGAAGCCAAUAACUGUGAACCACUGAAGGUUUACCCUUUCUAAUUCCAUGUAACAAUUUUAAUACAACUUUUCUUGUAUUCAAAUUCAUAUAAAAGGUGCCAGGUAGAGAACCUUGGUGGCUGAUAUUCACCACUGACAGAGAAUGAGCAAUGGCAAUGCAGAUUUUCCUAUUAUAUCUCACUAAAGUGCCUCAGGACUGGUUUUGCCAGAGUAGAUUCUAGAGGUGAGUGGGUGAUUUAGGGUCUCUUAAAACAGGAGCACUCUAGAAAAUUAAUCCAGAUUAAAUUGGAUUUGUCAUCAUUGAUUGUUUUAAACAAAUUGAGCUAAUACCCCUUUCAUUCUGAUCCCCACACAGAGGUUUCUUGCCUUUUAAAAAAAAGAAUUAAUUAAAGAUUAAUUUGGAUGAAUUUUUCUAGAUGUUUCGGUAUAUGUAAGCCCUUAGUAUCUAUGAGUGUGUCAAUUGUUGACCACUCUAGAGACCGUCAACAAGGGUUCUGCUUGGCUGCAGCUGCUAAAGGCCACAAGCCAGCUUUGUGAUUAUUGACCUGCACCAGACUUGAACUGGCAGCCUCAAGGUAAAAGGCUGUCCUAUCCCAUUACAAAUUCUCUAAGCCAUCCAAACCCUCUUUCAAUAUUUUUUGAGUUUAUUCAUUCAGUUUUGGCAUCAGAAAUACCUCAGUGUUUAAUAGCAGAUUGCAAAGGGGUUUUUUUUCUUUGCAGGAAAAUUAUGUUAACAUUAAUUUCCUUUAAAUUAUUAUUUUUUUCCUUUUUAGGGCAAAGUGCUAAGUGGCUGUUACGAAAUGUUGUGCUUUCUGACAAGCCCAGCCUCAGACAAAAAACAUGUGGUUCUGAGAGACAAGUUUCUGAAAAUAACUCUUAAGAAGUUAAGGGCUCAUAACAGUAGCUCAGCAUCAUGCUGUAUUUUCAAACAUUUAAAGACUUUAUAAGCCUGUAUAAAAUGAACCCAUCUUUCCCUCUGAAAGAACGUUUAGAUUAAUUGUAAGCUUAGUUGGUAACCAAACUAGUGUGUUAGUUUGGCAACGUGUUUAACUGCGCAUUCAGCAGCCUGCUGUGAGAAUUCUGUAUUGCUUCAUGCCUAAUUACUGUUCUGUGUGGUUUCUCACACAUGCUGCAGUUUGACAGGAUGUAAACUAACAACUUUUUUCUUUUAGGGCUUAGGUUCUUGGUUUGCUAAAAUCAAGGAUGAGGAUAAAAUUUGAUAGGCUAGUGUCAACUACUGAAAUAUAUUUUAUAAAUAGUUCAAUAGGACUGAUAUUUGAAACUUUUUUUUAGAAGUUUUGGGUGUUUAAUACUGUAUUAAAUUCAGAUGGGCUUUUCAUUAUACUAAGAGCCUUAAUUGCAAUAUGUAACAUAAGACUUAACUCUUUUGAUUAUAUGGAUACUGACAACUGCUUCCUCCCUCACCAUUUAAAUUAUCACUUUUCAAGAAUGUUGUUAAUAAAUCUUUUAAAGCAGUA